UGAUGGGCAGCCUGGACCCCCCCCCCAGUCUGAUGAUGCGGACCCACAAAAACCUAAUGAAAACGCGACACCCUCCCCCUCUUCUCAUUUUUGGUUGUUCAGGCGUUGGCGUUAAUCAGAGGAGUAGAUGUGUUUACAAGAUGUGAGUUGUAUUCUUUCCACCUUUACCUUGUGAGGGCUUCACACCUUGUCACAAGUGCGAAACCGAAGGGCAGUAUGAAGCCAGUGAAGAAAAAGAAAACCGAAGAACCUGAAUUGGAGCCCCUGUGCUGCUGCGAAUACAUAGAUCGAAAUGGGGAGAAAAACCACAUGGCUGCUUGUUUGUGUGAUUGCCAGGAUCUCGAUGAAGGCUGUGAUAGAUGGUUUACGUGUAAAUCAGUACAGCCAGAGACUUGUGAAAGAAUCAUGGAUACAAUUUCGGAUCGCCUCCGGAUUCCUUGGCUUAGAGGAGCCAAAAAAAUUAACGUUAGCAUCGUCCCUCCACUCGUACUUCUGCCUGUCUUCCUGCGUGUGGCUUCCUGGCAUUUCCUCCUGGGGGUAGUGGUUUUGACCUCCCUUCCUGUGCUGGCACUGUGGUACUACUACCUCACCCACAGAAGGAAAGAACAGACUUUGUUUUUCCUGAGCCUUGGACUGUUUUCACUGGGCUACAUGUACUAUGUAUUCCUGCGGGAAGUGGUUCCCAAAGGGCGUGUGGGGCCCACUCGGCUGGCUGUUCUUACCUGCGGGUUAUUUCUGAUACUCUUUGCCUUGUACAGAGCCAAGAAGAAUCCAGGCUACCUCAGCAAUCCCACAAGCAAUGACAGAUCCCUAAGCAGCUGCCAAAUUGAAUGUCUGAACAAAAAAGGGCAGGAGAAGACCAAAGGGUUCCUUGGAGCAGAUACUUUGGGGAGUCUCAACAGCCGCACUGUGAAGGAUGAUCUUAAGAGCUCCUCCAGGAUGCUGGCAGGAAGCCCCGCCAAGGUGAAGGAGGACUGGUGUGCCAAGUGCCAGUUGGUGCGACCAGCCCGCGCAUGGCAUUGCCGGAUCUGUGGCAUCUGUGUGAGGAGAAUGGAUCAUCACUGUGUGUGGAUAAAUAGCUGCGUUGGAGAAUCAAAUCAUCAAGCAUUUAUACUUGCCCUUCUGAUCUUCUUGCUCACUUCGGUGUAUGGAGUAACUCUCACCUUGGAUACCAUCUGUAGAGAUAGAAGCAUCUUCACAGCUCUCUUCUAUUGUCCUGGUGUUUAUUCAAAUUACAGCUCGGCUCUGUCCUUCACCUGUGUGUGGUACUCUGUGAUCAUCACUGCGGGUAUGGCCUACAUCUUCCUGAUUCAGCUCAUAAACAUCAGCUACAAUGUGACGGAGAGGGAGGUUCAGCAGGCCCUUCGUCAGAAGACUGGGCGCCGGCUCCUCUGGGGGCUCAUUGUGGACACAGGCCGGUACAAUAGGGGCUUCCUGCGGAACUGGCACCAGUUCUCCACCCUGGGCACGCGUUCACUCCACCACCCUGCUGAGGACAUCGUCUGAAGUGCCUGCCCUGCAGCUUGAGGAUGGCUCCGCCCUGACUCCUUUCCAUUUUACACUUAAGGGUCUACACAGAACGUUCAUCUCUGUCCCCAGUUUCUUACAGGUAUUCUAGGGCCACGCUCAGGUUUGGAGACUGGACUGGAGAGAAGUUAAUUUUUCUGACUUCACAACUUAAAGAGUUUUUUUUUUAUAUUGAAGCAGUAAAAGUAGAGCCAUUUCUUUCCAGUCACUUUAUUAAUUGAUUCAGUCACCAAAAGUUGAAUAGGAUUUGGAUUGCUAAUGCACAAAUUGAUGGAAGCAAUUCUUGUCCGUUAGUAUGGAGGAAAGAGUUCUGGAUUAGGAUAGUUUCUAGUCCCUCUUUCAAUUAUUAAUAGCCAUAUGACCUUUAGUUGAGUCACUUUCCGAAGUCUCAGGUUCAUCUGUAACAAGGGGUACUGAUGCCUGCCUUGGCUACCUCACAGAGCCAGCGCCAAGGUCACGGGAGGGAUGAGAAGUGCGAAAUGCAUUAUGAAAUGAGGGAAGCCGUGGAGGUAUAAAGUAUUAAGAAAUCCCAAGACUACAGGUCAGGAUAUUGAAGCCAGUUUAUUAGGGUCAUUAGAUUUCAGCAUAUACCAUGUUAUACAGCAGUGAGAAUUUUUCCUUAAGUAUUAGAUGCAGACUACUUACAGGGUAGGAGGUGACUAGAGGUGUGAAGCUGGUCAUCUGACCCUGAAAGGACAGUUGGUUAUGAGGAUAAAGAUAACCCUCACCAGUGUAAUAUGAGUGAUAAUUCUUUUCAGUGAUCAUGAGCUUAGGUGAUGGGUUCUUAUGUUUAUUUCUUUGUAUGCUGUUUUGGAUGUACUGUAACUCCAUCCGGUAGGCAUGAAUGUUUUUUUCCUCUUUCCAUGUUUCACUUGGUAAGGUGCUAGCACAACUUGUGAUGGUGGCUGGAAGAACACACCCUCCUACAGGAACACUUUACUCUCUCGGGUAGGGAUGCCGAUUAAUAUCAAGGGCUUGAUUUUUUUGUUCAUGUAAGUAUUUCAGAUGCUGUCACUUUAUAGCACUAAAUUGCAAAAAGUCAGUCUUGUGGCAUUCACAUUAUUCUGGCAUGAACUUUUUUAGGAGAGUUGAUUGACAACUUCCCACUUCCCUUGCACAUUACUUCUCAUUCACCUUCCUUACAUAAAAGUAUCUCACCAGGAGAGAAAAAACGGUAUGUACAAUUUCCACAGAUUAAUGGAUUACUAUUCUUUUCUUGCCCUUUCCCAAAUAACAAGUUGUUGCUUUAAUUGUAUCUCAAAACUGAAAAUAUAUAAAGGAUUACAUAUUUAUAUAGAAUGGGUUAUGUAUAUAGAAUAGGUUAUUCUGCCAUAGAGUUUCAGAUGCGGGAAAAUAUCCUCUUGAAAUGGCUGGUUUCAUACAUGUACUGUUCUGCAAUCCCAAAGAUCAUGAAUCCUUCAAUUUUCCUUGGCCUGUUGCUUACUACAGGGAAAACAUUGCAAGCUUGUUCUAUCAUUCUGUACAUACUGCUUUAGCAAUGGAUUCAUAAGUGUUGAGAAGAACUAUUGCUACUUCCUGCCCUUCUGCUCCCUGUAGUUAACACCAGUCCUAGUUUCGCUGUCCCUAGCACAGUCGUCAUGUUUUUAUUCAGGCUUAUUGCUCUCCCCAGAGAGGAAUUGUUUAACAAAUGAUAGGCUCUGUAUUCCACUGGGACGAGCCAAGGAGUAAGCCUGGGAAUGAUAGCAGAUGCGGUGGUUUCUACAGUCAUGCCCUCUCCUCGGCCCAGAGUCAAAUAUUCACUUAGAAUUAAAGUUGGCUCUGACAGCACCCAAUUUCUCUCUGUGUAGGCUUUUAGAUAAGGGAAAUGGUAAUAAGAUCAAUGACAGCAUAUGUAGGCAGAAAUUGGUAAUUUUCAUCUCUUGAAUUUCAGCUAUAUAGCCAGCUCUGACUUCUAGCAAAUGAUAAUAAAAAUUUAUAGAAACAUUAGUGUAGGAAUUGUAAGCUUGCCAAGUCAAGUCUUUAAUAGCAAUCCAAAUGUGAUAUGAUGCUGAGUAGUAUAAAAUGACAAAAGGCAUUGGAGAGCAGUAGGAAGGUUCACCAUCUUUGUAACAUGUCCCCCUAAAGGGUUUGCUGGAUAUGGCAACUCAGUUUCCCUUGCUUAGAUAGCAGCUGUGUGCAUAUUAUCGUGACCAAUUGGAAUUAUGAUGCUUAUUUUUAAGUUCCUUGAGAACUCAUUAUUGGCACUUUUCAGAAAAGCUCAAACCUGAACAUUUUUGGUUUUGAGGCUUCUGAAGUGUUUGUACCAAGAAAAAGGGGAGGGGCCAUCUGUGCAUUGUUUUUCUAGGUUCUGCCAAAUCCUUGGUCUAGACCCCUAGACUUUUGAGCCUUUUUAAUGAUCUGGAGCUAUUUGAGGGAUUUUGUGAUAGUGCUUGGUUCUCUCCAGAGGGCAGAAGAAUCUUCUGUGGAAUCUUUGAACAGACAAGGACUCUGAAUGAACUGUCCCACAGAAACAUCUGGUGAUGGUGGCAGUGGAGAAAUUCCCUGAAGUCUCUUGGCCAUAGAUGUGAGUCCCUUCCCCUCAAUGUGAUUCCAAAUGAGCCAGUUCCCUUCUCCAUGGCCCAUAUCCUGAGCCUCUGCUCAGAAACGUAUGGAUCUGGAGCUUAAUAAAUUACCUCCAUUACAUUCUUAUGCCCAUGUUAUUAUCACCCCAUUAUGUACUGUCCUUGGGAAGACUGGUCUGCUUGAAAGAUUCAGAGGAGAAAUAGUUAAAAGUCACGACUGGAUGAAAGGAGAAAAAUCCUUUAAUAUUUAAAAGGAGUCUUAAAAUAACCCGCGAAGUACUCUGGUUCUAGCUGGGUGCUCCUGAAAUUCACAAUGCCUUUUUCUUGGGUUACUCUAACUUGCAAAAGAAAAGCCUUCCAUGUGUUUUCAGGACAGUAUGCUGCCUAUUUCACCUCCGCCACAUAUGUGUUUGUGUUUAGGAUUUUGCAGAUCUUUGUUCCCCAACUUGUGUUUUCCUUUGGUGAAUGAAAUUAUUGUUGUCUUCCACUGUACCAUCUGCCUAGAAGAAAGAUUGCUACAAACUCUCUUAUGCAAUAGUCCUUGGUACUUCUAAUAUUUUUAGCAAGAGAAAAUUUUCUGUAUUAGAACCUUUCACUGCCAGAAAACACAAUGCCGGUAAGAUUCUACGUAAUACUGAGCAUCUGCUUCAUAGACUAAUUUCCUUUGGGUAGGACAUUCGCUUUUUAUUAUAAAGCUAAACUAAUAGAAGCAAAAUGAAAACAUCUACAAGCACAGUUUUCACUAGGAUGUUUAAAAAUUAAUAUUUUGUGAUAUUAAGGGUCUCUUUAAAUAAGUAGGUUUAUAUGACUUACCUUCAUUUUAGCCAUAUUUUGGUAACCAGGAUUUUGAAAAGGGGAAUUUUCUCAAGCAAUGCAUGAUAAAAGACUUUUGCUUGAGGGAUCUGUUGGGAAUCUAGUUUUCUCAGCAGCAACUUGACAAGUGUGCCAUUUUAUAUUAUACACUGCAUAGGCAAAGCAGGGGCAAAUGAAAGCCAUGCUAAACUUAACAAGAAUAAAAUUCAGUGUGUUCUUGGGGAUGUUGCUGUGAUUAGUAUAAACUUUUUUUUUCCUCAUU